CCGUCUUCUUUUACAGGGGGGAAAACCAUCAUGGCGUCGUUUCAGUAAUGUCGUGUGAGUGCGAUGCGUUGAUAAAUCUCGGCAAUUGUGAAGGAACGUUAUCAAAUUCCCAAAUUUAUAAGUAAGGAUACGGCUGAACGACUGCAGCCGCGACAAGAUUGCGUAAGACGCGCUUUUACAGGAAAAUUUCGCUUGAUUUGUGAGAUAAAGUUCACGCAAGAUGCCCGCCAUACCAGCAGGAGCCUAUGGCCAAGGACCUUCGUGUUUCGACCGUAUGAAAUUAGGCUUUGCAAUUGGAUUCUUUGUCGGUAUAAGCUCUGGCGCACUUUUCGGUGGAUUUUCUUCCUUCAGAUAUGGGUUGAGAGGGAGAGAAUUGUAUACCAAUGUUGGCAAAUUGAUGCUUCAAGGUGGUGGUACAUUUGGUACAUUUAUGGCUAUUGGAACAGGCAUAAGAUGUUAAUAUAUAUACAUGAUUCGUCUUUCCUGGGAUGUUGAGUCCAAAGCUCAAAUGUCGAAUUUUAUGAGUCAUGUUGAAGUGAUUCGAGGUGUAAGGUUGGACGUCG